AUGCACCGCCACGACGUGGUUGGGUACCUGGCUCCAAUAAUCUCGUUGAGGUUUUCGGGACUGAGGAAACACCCGGCCGACGCCACUAGCGGCGCCGGCGUCUGUGCCUCCUGCCUCCGGGAACGCCUCUCGGCCUUUGCGGUGGCACAAGCCCAGGCCCAAAGAGACCGGCGGCGGCCCGACGCCGAGCCGGACGUCCCCUUCCCCCGGUCCGUCUCGCCGUACCUCUCCCGGCGAAAGUCGGACACCUCCGCCGCCGUGUGCCGAACCCACGGCCGCCGCCAGCGCUUCCACAGCGCCUCCCAGGUGGGGGCUGACGAGGAGAGGAAGAGCAAGCGCGUGGGAUUCACAUCGCUGUUGUUCGGCAUUUUCCGGUCGAAAUCGGAGAGGACGGGCCCUGUGCCCGGCGUCGCCCCGAUAUGCGAUCCAAUUGUUCCGAUCGAUUCCUCUUGCUCGGUGCCUUCUCCCUCGUGGUUCUCUGCGGAUUUCUUCACCGGACGCCGGGAUAAGAACGUCGGGACAUCCUCAAUCGACGGCAACAACGGCGGAUCGCGUCCCAGAAGAACCCGCGGGAAUCGAGGCAGGGGAAUGUCUCCCGCGAGACACUCCGGCAACGAGGACCGCGUCGGAUCGAGCGGGUACUCGUCGGAAUCCUCCCAGGGACGGACGCAGACCGCGGGGAGAACGCCGGCGCAGGUGCAGCGGAGCGGAGGGAGGGCGGCGGCGGCGCGCUGCAAAGGCGUUUCGGGGUUGAAGUUCUGUCUCAGCCCUCUGGUUCGGGCCAGCCCGAGCCGCUACAGGAGCCAGAAACGCCUGCCGCCGGAGAUUGUGGUUGCCGGGGAAUCGAGGGUUCCGGUGCCGGUGAGGCCGCACCUUUCCGCCACGACGUCGUUUUACAAGAAUCGAUCUCGUAAGCUCGCGGAUUUUGGGAGGUACAAUUACGGUCCUACCCAUUGA